AUGCCCAAAGAAACAUUCGAUCAAUCAUCUUUGAUAACAAAUCCUACUCCUUUUAUAACCACUUAUAGUUGGAAAAUUUCAAAUUUUCGUCAACUUAAAGAAAAUACAUGUCACGGUAAACAUGUAUAUAGUCCUCCUUUUUGGAAUAACUAUUCUGGUUCCUGGCGUUUGAAACUUUAUCCCAACGGAAAUUCAAUAAAUGAUUAUUCUAUAAAAGAUUAUUUAAGUUUAUAUCUUGAAGCAAUCCAAACUCCAUACGAACAAUUUCACAACAUUUCUUCGCGACGAAUAAGAUUCAAUUUUAGACUUGAAAAAUUGGAUCUUGUAAGUAGUCAACCAUCAAAAAUUUUUGAUUUAUGUAAUCAAAAUUGGUUUAUGAAUCAUGAAUUUCAAUUUGAUGGUGAUAUUGAUUGGGGUUUUACAAAGUUUUGUUAUUCUAAUAAAAUUUUUCAAACUGAAGCUGAUAAAUCAAAAAAGAUUGAUCUAAUCUUUCAUGUUAAUAUUAUAAAUGAUGAUAACGACCAAGAUAAUAAUGAGGAAAGAAAUCUUUAUUACACUUAUACUACCGGUAAUGAAAAAUUCUUUGAAGAUCCUUCUUUUUCCGAUAUCGAAUUUGAAUUGGAUUGUGGGACUCGUAUCAAAGCUCAUAAAGUAAUUUUGGCUGGUGGUUCUGAUUAUUUUGAAAAAAUGUUUAAAGGAGGUUGGAAAGAAAAGAAUACUAUGUGUAUCAAGAUUCAUGAUAUCUCUUACAAAAGCUUUCGAGGAAUCUUAUUUUAUAUUUACACUGAGAAAUGGAUGGAUAUAACUGAUCUUGACUUGUUGAAAGAAAUGUACGCUAAAGCUGAUAUGAUGGGUUUAAAUAGAUUGAAAAAAAUGGUUUCCAAUAAAAUUUGUGGAAUGUUGAAUACUGAUAAUUGGGAUCAAAUUUAUGCUUUUGGUUGGGAAUACGGUGAUUCUCAAUUUAAAAUAUCGGGUUUUAAUUUUGUUGCUGAUAAUUGGAAAGCUGUAAGAAAUAGCGAGAAAAUGAUUAUGUUAUCUGAAAAUGGGAAUUCUGAAUUGAUUGAAGAGAUUGAUUCUAUAUCUCAUAUUUUGGGUGCAAACUUUGAUGGAAUGAUGUUUUGUACUUAG